AUGGCGUUUAGCUACCGGUAUUCCAUCUCUCAACUUCGCCGACUCAGGCCCGCAGCCCCCCCUGGACCUCUUUCCUCCAUCCUCAAUAAACUCGGACUUCUUCGCCGUCCUCGCUACAUCCAUAGAGGCUCCGGUCGAAAAUUCAUCUUUCACCUCCAAACAACCGGCUCUGCGACAAACAUCCCAUCUCUCUGGUCCCAUGUCGCACGUCUGACACGUCAUCAGAGCACCGUCGUAUCUGCUGACAUCAAAACGGGAAACACCGCGAGAUCUCGGCACUCCAGUGCGAGUAACACCGCGAGAUCCUCGCUCACUAGGCUGGACAGAAGACGAGGAGCGGAUUCCAGUCUGCGCGGAGUGGACUUCAAAGUUCUGCGUUCUGUACAACGAUUCACCCCACAGGCACUGGUUAAAUUCGAACUUUUCAAUGUACAGUCUAUUAACAAUAAAUCCUCCCUGAUUGAAGAACACAUCAGGGAGAAAGGAUUGGACUUCAUGUGUCUUACAGAAACCUGGCACCAGUCACAGGUUUACUCUGCCCUUAAUGAGGCCUGUCCCCCUGGUUACACCUAUCUGGAGGUAGCUCGCAGCACUGGUCAUCGAGGUGGUGGUCUAGCGGUCAUCCACCGUCAGCACCUGGAGCUGUCCUCCAUCUCGCUGCCUCCAACAUCAUCCUGUGAGUGCCUUGCAUUCAAAUGUAAGCCCCCCUUUCCAGUGACUGUUCUCCUGAUCUACCGACCCCCCAAACCCAACUCUGCUUUUAUCCCGGAAAUGGCUGACCUUCUCUCAACACUCUGCACCACUUCUGCUAAUACUAUUAUUCUGGGAGACAUUAAUAUUCAUGUUGAUUCCCCUUCAUGCAAACCUGCUGCAGAUUUCCUUCAGCUAUUGGACACCUUCAACCUACAGCAGCAUGUUGAUGUCCCCACACACUCCCGGGGGCACACAUUGGACCUGGUCAUUUCAAACUCCGCCCCUAUCAGUAACCUUCAGGUGUACGACCUUGGUGUUUCUGAUCACAAGGUUGUAUCCAUGGAACUACCCUUUCCUUCCCCCCACUUCCAAACCCAAGCGGCAGUUUCUAUUUCGUAA